UGUUGAGGAUUAAAAAAGCACAUCAUUUUUGUUUGUGUGGAUGUAGAGGAUUAAAAAAUAAUCAAAUUUAAAAAGACAGACAGAAUGAUGAACCCAUGUCCUCCUCGCUGGCUGGAAUGAACUUUGUGUGCUGAGGUCUGUCGUGUUAGAUAACAGGAGAUAACAGGGGGUCGUUUUUAUGGUGGGUUUGAGGCCCCUUGUGUAAAUAUCAGUCAGGCUUCAUUUUUCUGAACCUGUUGUGCUCACAGAUACGAGUUAUAAAAGAAGUUAAAUAUAAACUGUAGUGAUGGUGGGAGCAGCAGCAGCCGGGACAGAGGGAGCAUGCAGAGCCAACCAACAGCGGAGUGGCUUCAGGGCUUCAGGUCUCUGAAUGCUCAUGGAUGGCCGAUGAGCAGAUCUGUGGAGAGACCAGAUGUUCACAGAUGUUUGCUAUUCAGUUUGAUGUAGCUUGAGAGGAUCUGUCAUGAACGAUGAGAUGAUCUGCCUAAAUCCAAGUAAAAUAGAUGUUAGUACUUGGGUGGAUGGGUGUUUGAAUAGGUGGAUGGAUAUGUGGGUUGGUGUUUGGAUGGGUGGAUGAAUGUUUGGAUGGGUGAGUUGGUGGAUAGAUGGAUGGAUGGACUUCUGUAUGGGUGAAUGGAUGGAUGGGUUGGUGGAUGGAUUUAUGGAAGGGUGAAUGAAUGGAUGAAUGGUGUACUUAUGGAUGGAUUUUUAGAUGGAUGGAUGGACUUAUGUAUGGGUAAAUGAAUGGAUGGAUGGAUUUAUGGAUGGGUAGAUUUAUAGAUGGAUGGAUGGGUGGGUUGGUGGAUGGAUGGAUGGAUUUAUGGAAGGGUGAAUGAAUGGUGUACUUAUGGAUGGAUUUAUAGAUGGAUUUAUAUUGAAUGGAAGGAUGGAUGGAUGAAUGGUGUACUUAUGGAUGGAUGGAUGGAUUUAUGGAUGGAUGGAUGGAUUUAUAUUGAAUGGAAGGAUGGAUGGAUGAAUGGUGUACUUAUGGAUGGAUGGAUGUACUUAUGGAUGGAUGGAUGGAUUGAUUUAUGGAUGGAUGGAUGGAUUUAUGGAUGGAUUUAUGGAUGGAUGGAUGGAUGGAUGGGUGAAUGGAUGGAUGGAUUUAUGGAUGGGUGGAUGGAUUUAUGGAUGGGUGAAUGGGCAAAAACGACACGACACUGGCAUUACCAGACGGAAGGGGAGGUGCUGCAAUCCAAGAAAAAGGAGUAAAUGAGAAAAGGAACAUGAGCAGAAACGUUAAACAUGUGAACAUGGAUUAGCACUGGAUUAGCACUGGAUUAGUGUCUGAGUAACAGAAGAAGAAAAGAAGAUCAUUUUAAAUCAUCAUGUCAUGUCUUUAGGAACUGUAGUCGGAAGUGUGAGGGAAUAAGAAGUGCUGACGCUGCUGAAACUACAGUUUUUAAAUGUUAAAAUCUGAUUAUUUAAAAUCAGCCACCUUUAAGCUUUCAAAGUGACCUGCUCACAGUUCCCACUCAGAUGCUCUGACGGGUGCGUUAAGAUCUGGUUCAAGAUUUAAAACAAAUAAUAUAUCACAUGCAAAAGUAAAUCUGGACACAAAUGCUCCAAUUUCCCGGCACUGUAACCGUUUUUCUCUUCUUUAUUUGAAGCACAUCUCGGCUCAGGUACAGACGGGACUGAAAGACGAUGUCCAGCCGGUGAGUACUAAACACAGUCAAGAAGACAGUCAACAGGGGGCGCUCAUCUAAGCGUGAGGGAGGGUCACAGGGAUUCCUCAUGACUGCUGCAGUUACCACCUCUGCUGGCUGAUCGUUGGCACUGCACAGAGACGGGGGGAUAAUGGGGAUCGUAUGAACCCGCCAGGUGCUGGUGAAAAGAAGCGGGGUCACAGUGGACGGUGGCUUAAGACUAAAAGAGGGAAGAUGAAGCUCUUUAUUUUGCUGUUAUUGUUCAUCAUUCCAAACAUCUAUUUAAUAGCGAAAUAUAUUUACGGACACGGAGGAAGUUUCUUUCCGCGUGCGUGUUCGUCCAGUCCUUUUGCUCUAGACGAGAACUCCAUCACCAGGAUUAAAAACUCAGAACACUUCGCCGUAUCUGCGUUCAUCGAUCACAGGAUCGAUAAAGCCAUCCGAGUGAUCAGCAUCAUCAAAAGAGACAGUAAACAGUCGCUUUAUUGCGUCUACGGAGACGGCGCCCACGACUGGCGCUUCUCUGAGGCCGAGGUGGAAAUACACGCCGAUCAUUUCGGCUUCCCGUUUGCAGCCACGGAUCUUCUGUGUCAUGGCGAGGGCACCCAAGACGCCACGCACGUGGCCGUUUCGACAAGCCCGGAGGUCUCAAACAUUCCCAACACAACCUUCCUUCCUAUAAAGAACAGAGUGCACGGCGAGUCGUUUAAAUUCAACUUCACCGUCUGCGUGUCCAGCCUGUUCGGGCGCUACAAUAACGUCCUGCAGUUUGCUCAGACCAUGGAGAUGUACAAGCUCCUCGGCGUGCAGCGUGUCGUGAUCUACAACACGAGCUGUGGCCCGGACCUGGAGAAGCUCCUACAGUACUAUAAGAAGGAAGGAAUACUGGAGAUCGUCCCGUGGCCCAUCGACCAGUUCCUGACCCCGUCUUCAGGGUGGAACUUCCAAAUGCACGGAGGGGAUCUGCACUAUUACGGUCAGCUGGUGACGCUCAACGAGUGCAUUUACAGGAACAUGUACCGGUCGAAAUAUGUUCUCCUGAAUGACAUCGAUGAGAUCAUCAUGCCUUAUAAGCACAAGAACCUCGAAUCGCUGAUGGACGCUCUGCAGCAGGAACACCAACGCGCCAGCGUCUUCCUCUUCGAGAACCACGUCUUCCCCAAGACCCAGUUCGACCACAGUGGUAGAUUCUCCCGACCCGAAUGGAAGAACGUUCCCGGGGUGAACAUCAUGGAGCACGUUUACAGGGAGCCAGACGACAAGAACACUCACGACGCCAAGAAAAUGAUCAUCGACCCCAGGAAGGUGUUUCAGACGUCGGUGCAUGCCAGCCUGAACUACACCGGCGACAUGUACGAGGUUCCGUUCAACGUGAGCCGGAGCGUCCACGUCAGGAGGCCCGAACAGGCCAAUCUUACCAGAGACGAGUUUUUAAUGGACACCAGGGUUUGGGACUUUGAGCGUGAGCUGGUACCGAACGUGGACAGGGUUCUGCUCUCGUCAGGUCUGUUAUAAUCCCGUCCAGAGUCUCUGAGAGUUACAUUCAUUCCUUUACGUCUUAUUAUUAAUGUUAGUUAAACAUACACUGUAAAGCCUAAAGUAUGUGGACACCCCUUCUAACUGUUUCUAUCUAGUUUGGGGGUAACAGUAUAAGAAGGGCUCCUGUGCACAAAACAAGGUUCAUAAAGGGGAUGGGGUUAAAUGCCCCAUAAUAACAUGAAUACAGACUUACAACACAACCCACAACAGCGUGACUGGCUUCAAAAACGUAUCGUUAUCACCAUGCUGAUUUACAGUGUAUUUAUUUAUAAUUACAGUGUAUUUAUUUAUAAUUACAGUGUAUUUAUUUAUUUAUUUAUUAAUUUAUCCAUUCAUUCACUUUGAAUAAAGUUUUGCAUUUGAUUCUCUUA